AUCGAUCUUCACCCCUCGUUUGAAGAGAGAGAGAGAGAGCGAGCGAGAGCGUCCACACGCGAUUUGGUCGAAGAAUUCAUCGGCGUUCGUCGUGAUUUUGCUUCCCUUCAUCGGCUUGGCAUCUCUCCCGCCAUGGCCACGCGUCCAUGAGCUCUCACGGGUCCUUCCAAGUCUCUCGCAGACGAUGAUGCCGAUCCAUGGACCUCGAAACAGCCGCCGCUGCACCAGAUCCUUCGCCGUCCGCACCGAAUCCGAUGCAAGGGGAAGAGUGGGUGCUUUAUGUAGUCGACAAGGGGAUUAAUGGCUUGGACAACCCCAAAGUCAUCGAGUGGGAUGAUCUUCAGCAGGAGCUCGCUCGGCUCUGGAGCCUCACUUCGGAGCUCAACAGUGCUAAGGAGCGCAAGGAGGCGCUUGCCCAACGCUUGGAAUCCGUAAUCAAGGUUAGGACAGAGUCACUAGCUCAAUCUAAUGAGCUGGAGGAGAUGAAGCAGAAAUUGGAGUCUCGGAAGCUUGCACUCAGUGAUCUGUCAAUGCAUGCAAAGAGAUCAUUGGAGGAUGUUAAGAGAAAACGAGAGCAACUUGGCCUUGAGAUCAGAUCAUUGUUGCUUGCAGGCAAGACCCUUUCAGCAGCUGAUCAACAACUUCAGGAUGCUAAUAAAUUGCUAAGUGGGAAAAAGGGUUGUGGUCGUCUUAAAUAUCUUCAAAAGAUGCUAAGAAUGAGAGAGCAAUAUAUGAUAAGCCAAGUUUGUACUCUUUAUCCUGUGAAGGCAUCAAAUGAUAUUAUUUCCAGGGAUAAGCUUGAUCCCCAAUCUGAUGGAGGCAAAUCUGAAGAUCUUGUGGACUCGCAGUCAAGGAAGUCAUCUUUGACAAUUUUAGGUCAGCAAUUAACAGUGUUUCCCAUGAAAAAAUUAAGCUUUUUUGGGGACAAGAAAGAAAUUCAGAGGUCUGCAACUGUUUUGGGAUAUGUUGCCCAUGCUGUAUUGCUUAUUGCGUCAUACUUGGAUGUUCCUCUUCGUUAUCCUGUUCGUCUUGGAGGCUCACGAUCAUAUGUUCUUGAUUAUGCGCCUUUAGUUGAGACUGCAUCAUCUGACUUGGUAUUUAGUUCGACUGUGGGCCUCAAUGGAAAGCCUAUGGAGUUUCCACUAUUUCUUGAGGGCCAGGAUACCACAAGGGCAGCUUAUGCUGUGUUUUUGUUGAACAAGGAUUUAGAGCAGCUUUUAAAUUACAUUGGCGCAGAAAGUUUGGGACCACGGCAUGUGUUGCCCAAUCUGAAUGAACUUUUUAGGAUCAUUCAGUCCAAUGAAUACAUAAAUAAGUAAUCUACUCUUUGUAUCACAGGGCUUGAAAAUGAAAAUGCUGACAUAUUACCUUUAAACAUUGUGUUUAAAAUUGAAAUUGGAGGUUUUGCCUUUCAUUGGUGCCUGUUUAUGUGGAGCACCUCUUUGUCAUUGAACCUCUCUAAUAUAUACUUAUCAAAAUUUUCACUGAUAUGAAAAUACAAAAUUUGUUGCUGCA